CCGAUGCUUCCUUUCUUUUUGGACCUCACAGGUCUCGUGCAUGCUCUUCGGAAGUGAUGAUGGGAGGAGCUGGCAUGGACCGCUGUGUCUAAAUGAAGUGGUUCAGCCAUGCAAUGUUCCUGGAAGGCAGUGAUUCUACUGGCCUUGGCCUCCAUCGCCAUCCAGUACACGGCCAUCCGGACGCUCACCGCCAAGCCUUUCCAGCUGUGCCCGUUGCCCAGCCCCCAGAACUGUGGUCUCGGGGGCCAGGAGACCGAACCCCCCUUUGAGCGCGGAGCGGCGGGCGGCGGCUGCGAUGACUACCCUUACUUCUCCGUCAAUGCCACGCGCAAAACGCACAUCCUGGUGCUCGCCACCACCCGUAGCGGCUCCUCCUUCGUCGGCCAGCUGCUCAACCAGCACCAGGAGGUGUUCUACCUGUUCGAGCCCCUUUACCACGUCCAGACCACGCUGAUCCCGCGCCUGUCGCACAGUCGCAACGCCGCCGACCGCCGCGUGAUGCUGGGCGCCAGCCGGGACCUCCUGCGCAGCCUGUACGGUUGCGACCUUUACUUCCUGGAGAGCUACAUCAAACCGACGCCCGCGAACCACACCACGGACAAACUGUUCCGCCGCGGCGCCAGCCGGGCGUUGUGCCAGCAGCCCGUGUGCGACGCCUUCGGCCCCGCCGACGUGAAUGUUGAAGAAGGGGACUGCGUGAAGAAGUGCGCCGCCCUGAACAUGACCUCGGCGACGGAGGCGUGCCGCGAGAAGCGGCACGUGGCCAUCAAGAUCGUCCGGGUGCCGGAGAUCGGAGACCUGCGCGCUUUGGUGGAGGACCCGCGGCUGAACAUCAAAGUGAUUCAACUCGUCAGGGACCCGCGCGGCAUCCUGUCGUCGCGGAUCGAGACCUUCAGGGAUACGUAUCGUCUGUGGCGGAUUUGGAGGGCGACGGGGCGACGGCCCUACAAUCUAGACUUGAGUCAGCUCACGGUGGUCUGUGAGGACUUCCUCAGUUCGGUUUCAACCGGUCUCAGCCACCCCUAUUGGCUGAAAGGGAAAUACAUGUUGGUCCGCUAUGAGGAUUUGGCCCGGAAUCCGCUCCUCAAGACCAAGGAGAUCUAUGACUUCCUGGGGCUGCCUUUGGAUAAAAACGUGGAAGACUGGAUACACGCAAACACCCGGGGCAGCAGCGAGCCCUCGGCCAAACACAAGUUCGGCACGGUGAGGGACUCGGCGGCGAACGCCGAGAGCUGGCGCUUGAAACUGUCUCACGACAUGGUCGAGUACACGCAGACCGUUUGUCAAAAGGUGCUCCACCAGCUGGGAUACAAGGCGGUGAAAUCGGUGGAGGAGCUGAAGAACAUGUCCCUCUCACUGGUGCAGGACAAAACUUUUGUACCCUUUUUGUAACAAAGAUAGUUCUCUUAAUGACUAUUUUUGAUAUAUUUAUAAUUGUUGCCUUAUGAUUUUCCUCC